AGGGGAUAUGUCAACUUCUAUUCUCUACUAAGAAAUCAGCAGCUAAGGAGUUUUGUUCUCAUGUCUUUCCCAAAUGUCUAGAUGUUGGCCAUUUUCCAAACAGGGUAUUGUAACUUUUUGUGUUAUGCAACAAGCUUUGCACACUCACUUUUCCAUGCUCAAGUCAAUGCAAGAUCUCACUCAUCAAGCUGCACUGAUCUAAUAGUAGACUGGAUAUAUAGCUUCUAUAUGUGUCAAAGGUGAAGCCUAAUAGGCAAUUCCAGCUUUUAGUUUAUGCCUGCAGGGGAUGAUAGGAAGUAAGGUAUCAUAUUGCCGAUUUUGCUGAAAAAUUUCAAUAAAAACUACCGAAACAACCGAAAUAUUUCAAUAUUUACAAGUAUAAGCUAUCCGUGUUUACACAGCCACAUUUUUAUUUUUUCAGCAUAAUCAGCAAUGUGAUACAUUACUUCCCAUCGUCCCCUGCACGCAUAAACUAAAAGCUGGAAUUGCCUAUUAUAUAUGCAAAAAUCCCUUCCAGGAACCACAGAGUGAUACAGAUUAAUCAAGGGUGGGUUGACUACAAAAUUUUUGUAGUUCGCUAUAACUACAGCUACUUCAAGAAUAUGUAGUCAGCUACAACUACUGCUACUUUUGAACAAAAGUAGUUCGUUACUGACUACAGCUACUGCUUAAAAAAUGUAGCGAACUAUUUCGCUAUUUCGCUACACUAUAUUUUUUAGUUUUACUAUAUUUGGAGCACCUACUAACUCAGGCUGUAAUGUAACCUAUAACAAAUCGACUUACGAGUAGCAACAGUAAACACAAAGCAACAUGUUUGUAAGCACUACAGUGUUCAGGAGUGCAAAUUGACUAUUGAGUAUUGAUUUUAAGCAAACCGUGUCUCAAUAUCAUGCUAUUCUAUCAAGUUGCUAACAAUUUUAAAAAGUAGCGAAUAGCGAUUCGCUGUUUUAAAAGUAGUCAACUACUUGGCUACUUUUAGGCAAAAUGUAGUUCGCUAUAACUACAGCUACUGUUUUAAAAAAGUAGUCAAAAACUACUGGCUACUUGAAAAUUGUAGUUCGCUACAGUAGCGAACUAAAACUACCUCGCUACAACCCACCCUUGAGAUUAAUAAAGCGCUUUUGAUAAAUUGUCAGCAGGUGGAAAGUGUUUUGCUUUUAUGGAUGAAACGUCCCAAUAUGCCUUAAUUUCCCCAACUUUAAUUUAUUAUUGUACUGAAUCUAAUGCAAUACCAUUAUGAUAUAAAACCCAUUAAGCAAAGAUGUUUAUUUUUUGAUGCAUUGUUUUUAUUACUAGGAGAGGAACAUCAGUGCAAACAAUUUGGAUACGAGUAUCAAACCACUUAGCACACCAAUGUUGCAGCCUGCUCCAACUAUAGGUGAUGGAAAUGCCCAACCGGAAGUAUCGAACCGCUUGGCACACCCAUGUUGCAAUUUACUGCCAGUGUACAAACAACGAUACACCCCGAAGUAUUGACAAGACAAGUAAGUAUUAGAAAAUAUUGUACGCAUUGGAUAGAUAACAAAGUUUUAGUGUGCCAAAUACACCAUUCUGUCCAGAAAGUACAGUACGCCUUGACUAUCAGGGCGCGAAAUAACGGCUGGAGGGUGGCCGGUCACCUGGGUGGCCGAUCAAUGUGACCGGCCAAGUCAAUUUUACGUCGGACAUACCGAAUUUCUGGGCGCCUAGUAAAGUAUACCCCUUAAUUAGUCCAUUGACCUGCCGUUAUUUCGUGCCCAGACUAUGGAUCCUCGUUUUCGUUUACGUUUCUCGUUUGGAUCAAAGGUGAUUUGUAAUUUAUACUUUUUCAUUUCUGAAAAGAUUCCGUCAAAGUUUCAAGUUGUGUCAUCACCUAUCUAUAUUUCUGCUGGACUUUCUCCCUUCCCAAGUAGAACCCAGGCUCCGACAACCAGUCAUGUGACGUUCCGUUCCGUCGUUGUACAAGUAAGAUGUUAUUGAAACAUAUUUGAUUUAUUAAAGUUGGAUUUUCACAAGCGACGCACGUGCAAACAUCAUUUAAACCAGGGCGCAGUAUUACAUAUUUUACUGCGUUCUGUACGAGCGUAUCUGAACUAACUUUAUUGAUACUGGAUAAACUGUUCUCCCUAGAGAUCCAGUAAGAAUCAUCCCUUAUUGAUCCAGUGUUACUACAGAAGGAAACCUAAACUAAACUAACUUUAUUUAUACUAGAUUGCUCUAUCAGUUCUAAACUGUUCUCCCUAGUGGCGCAGUAAGGAUCAUCCCUUAUUGAUUCAGUGUUACUACAGUAUACUGUAUAUAUAUUAUCACUUACCUUUGUUAUAAUUUUCAACGACUUGCUUUCUUCAAAUAUUUCCAUAGCCUGAUCCAGGCCCUAUUGGGUUGAAAGGCAGAAAAGGUUCUCCGGUGAGUAGGAGAAUGUUAUCGAAUAUCUUUCGUUCUACGAGUAAAUUGCCGUACUUUGACGCAAUCUAUUCUAUUUAGGGACCGCCGGGACAUCCUGGAAUGUGGGGACCUCCAGGGUUGCGAGGGAUACCGGUAAGAAUAUCCUAUUGCAAUUAUCCGAUCGAUAACUUUGCCAAAUUGAAUAAUCUGGUACCAUUUUUGUGUAAUAUCAUGCUUAUUCUGACACUGCAGAGAAGGAAGAACGAAAAAUUCGUUGUUUCCAGAUUCAAACUCGCAUCUUUUCAAAUGUAAUAAAAGCACUCCUUAAAUCGUUACGAAAAUAUUUCGUGCACUGAAAUUGGAUCAGACUCGCUACCAAUCCCCGUUGACUGGAUAGCUCAUUGGGUAGAGCGACCGCAGUCUAGCAACCCAAAGAUGUUCGACAACGAGUUUUUCGUUGAACUCUGCCGUGUCAGAAUAUAAUGCAACUAGUUUUUCAUAUAUCUGAGGAUGGUUCUGAAAUAGAGCUCUGUAUAAUUUCAGACUUCUUUAAAAUAGCCAACAUUCAAACACACUUGGCAUGAUCAUUUGAAAAUAGCCGCUCAGCUGGCUCGGCUGCCGACUGUAAACUGUGAAAUGUUUUCCAUUCCUUCUAGGGUGAUCCUGGACCGCCUGGCAACCCAGGACCGAAUGGAAUUAUAGGUCCUCCGG